AUGGAUCCCGAGCAGCUGAAGAUUAUGGGAAAUGAAGACUAUAGAAACGGCCGGUUUACCGAGGCACUUGCUCUAUUAGGAGAAGCCGAGGGGGCCAUGCACCAUUUCAAGCAAUCGGGAUCAGAAGCUGAUCCCGAUUACAUGAGAAAGGCCAAGCAGAUUCAAUCACAUUUGAACAAGUGUACUGAGGCAAAAAGGCAGCACGAUUGGCACAAUUUGUACAAAAAAACCGAGCUUUGUAUAGCUGCCGGUGCUCAUUCGGCACCGUUGAUAUUCGGCUUGAGAGCCGAGGCAUUGUUGAGGCUUAACCGGCAAGAAGAAGCGAUCGAGUCUAUGGAAAAGGGCUCAAAAUUCGAAAUCGAUGACUGCAUUAGGUUUUUCGGGCCGAUCGGAAGCUCGAGUGUGCUGUUAUUUCGAGCUCAGGUCGACUUGGCUGCAGGGCAGUUAGACGAGGCUGUGGGGUUUGCUCAACGGGCUUCAAGGCUCGACCCGAACAACAAGGAGGUGCAUGCGGUGGUUCGGAGGAUGAAGGCGGCGGCGGCCGCCAGGACAUGUGGCAACGAGCUGUUUAAGGCGGCGAGGUAUUCGGAGGCCAUCAUUGCAUACGGCGAAGGGCUCGGUUUGGACCCGUAUAACGCGGUUUUAUUGUCCAACCGAGCCGCAUGA